AUGGAUAUCGAAACUGAAAAUGUUAUAAAUCUUAUAUUUCCGGAUGGUAUACAAGAGUCAUGGAAAGAAAAUCCUGAGUUUUAUCAGUACUUGUCAAAACUUGGUGGCUAUGAUGUUGAUCAACUCUGUAAAGAACCCGAUCACCUAGAUGAUGAAAAAACUUCAGUAUUACAGACUACUCAAGAGCUAGUGUUUGGAAAUUAUAAGACAUUUGUACAAACUGCUGAAAGUUCCAGAGAAAUCUUCAAACAAUUUAAUCAAACUGAAAGUAGACUUAAUGGACUUGUCCAAAAGAUUCCCAAGUUCGUAGAGAAGUGCCAAUCAUUUUGUGAUGUUUCAAAAGACAUAAAUGCACAUAGGAGAGUAAAUAGUUUAACAUUAACAAGAAAUGCAGAGUUACUCGAAGUUCUUGAAAUGCCUCAACUAAUGGAAUCAUGUUUAAGGAGUAAUCAAUACAAUGAGGCAUUAGAAUUAUCUCAAUAUGCACGUCAAUUAGGAGUUAAACAUGGAGAUAUUCCAAUAAUUUCGUCCAUAGUAGCAGAAAUUGAAAGCAGUUGGUCAGGCAUGGUAGGUCAAGUUGUUGGAUCAUUAAGAGGAGAUUUACCACUCCCAAGAUGUUUACAGCUUGUUGGACUGUUACGCUCAAUGGAUGCUUUUACAGAGCCAGAAUUACGUAUUAAAUUUCUUCAAGCUCGUGACAGUUGGCUUCAGAGUCUUCUGAAUACUAUACCCAAGGAUGAUGCCAAUCUUCACAUAACUAAAACAAUAGAGCUAUCAAGGAUACAUUUGUUCAAUAUAAUAACACAAUAUAGAGCUAUGUUUAAUGAUGAUGAGCUCAUAAUGCCAGGUCGAGAUCCAACUGUGAAUGAGUGUGCUAUAUUUCAUCAUUGGCUUGAAGAAAAGAUAUCCCAGUUUCUAACCACAUUAGAACAAGAUUUACCCGGUGUAACAUCUAUUGACUCUAUCUUGGGGCAGUGUACAUAUUUUGGUUUAUCAUUUGGCAGAGUGGGUGUGGAUUUUACUGGACGAUUGUCCGAUAUAUUUGUACACGUUAUUGGUGACAAAUUCGAAUCCAGUGUCCGGAAAACAACGAAAAAAUUUGAAAAAGAUAUGGAAUCAUUUACAUUAAUUAAUAAAAUGCAGAGAGCUAAUACAAAAGUAAACGUUACAAUUAAAUCGGAGAAUCCACCAGAACAAUUGGUAGAAUUUUAUCCUUUAGCUGAAUAUUGUAAUGGUCUUAUAUCUACUUUCAACGAAAUACGACUUUGCCCACCAGUAGCCCUUUCUAUUUUCUGUACAAAUACUCUGCAAGAGUCUUUAUAUCUAGUUGCAAAAGCUAUAUUGAUUUUUUAUAAACAAGAACAGCAAGCUUUUGCAGCUGCAGAAAGAGAAAACAUGCUAAAAUUUACCGAAUGUUUAAGCGAACAACUGAUUCCUUAUGUACAGUAUUGCAUUCACGUUAUUUUCCCACCAUGUCAAAUUGCAAUUCAUUUAGGCAUUUCAGAAAAUUUACUGCAGACAGAGGGAAUUACAUACUUGAAUAGAGAUAGCAUAUUAGAACCUCUGGCUCCACUAUUACCUGUUCCAAAAAAUGGAAAAGAUACUGUUACUUCUUCAUUAUCUACCUCUAAUGUACAAUCGAUAUUGCAAAAAGCUUCCAAUGAAACAUCUUCAGCAUCUGAAAAUACAGGACUAGAUAUAACUCCUGUACAAUUGGAAAGAAUGAGAGUGUCUGAAUCACAAAAAUCUGUAGAACAAGCUGUUAUAUCCGAUGAUAAACAAGAAAAAAACACAGUGACAACCAAAGAUGUUAAGGUCACUAUAAAUAGCUCAACUGAUGAUGUAAACCAGAAUAGAUAA